CACAUACUCCAGUGCAUACCGCGCGAUUGCUGAAUCGCCUCGCUUUGCUUGAGCGGAGAUGCACUUGAGAAUUAAAGGGUAGCGUAGGCCUGGUGGCCCGCUGGAAACAACCAGUGCACAAUGCCGGUGGUAAAUGUGGGCGGGCCGGUCGCUUGGGGCCUGGUCGUGCUGGUAUCAGCAUGGGCGGUGCGGGCCGGCCGCGCGCUCGCCGGGCGCCGAAAGGCGCGCCGGAAUGAGGAGGAGGACACUGUGGUACACGAUCCAAAUGCUCUUCAGCCGCGGUUCCUGCAGCACCUUUCGGCGACGGCCAUCCGUAUGCUGAUCGAGACCGGCGCCCUGCCGUGUGCCAUUCUGGAGCUUGCGCCGGACGGGACCCCAACGUCAGCAUCAGCGGGCGGCAGAGCCAACUGCCCCGGGCAACAAGCGGGAGGUGGCGGCCCCGGCCGACAGGGCGCAGCAGCGGGUUCCCCAAGCACGGCUGCAGCGGGAGGGAGACCAGGCGGCAACACUGCAGCAUCCGCAGGCAGUGGCGGGGGGGCUGCCGCAGCUGCCGGGGCUGCGGGAGGUGGCGCGGCGGGGCUGGCGCUGCAGCGCAUCGUGCCGCCGGAGCUGGCGGCAGCUGUGCCCUGCAUGACAGCUGCGGCCUGGGUGCGGGCGCUGGCGGGGCCCGAGCCCUGGCGCGCGGAGCUCACCAGGGCCGCCAACGUGGCGGCGGCAGCCGCUGGCGUAGCGGGGGCAGGGUCCCCCGGUGCGGCGGGAUCGUCCGUACGGUCCUCCUACGCCUCCUCGUAUGCCUCCUCCCUAGGGCGAGACGGUGGGAUAGCAGGCGGGCUAGGCGCUGGCGGCACAACGGCGGCAGGCCUGCGGGCGCGCCUGCCGCAGCAACAGGCGCAGCGGCUUUCGCUCACACUUGGGGCGGGCGGAACAGCGCUUGCGCAUAACGGCUACGGCGGCGGUGCCCUCGGUCAGGGCGCUGCGGGCAUGGGCUUAGAAGGCGCCGUGGGCGGCAACAGUGGCGGCGGCUCUGCAGCGGCGGCGGGCGACCGGCGGCUGUCUGCAGCCGGCGAGAGCGGCACGGACGCCGUCGGGCCCCUGGGGGCUGCUGGGGUGGGGCCGGGGACUGGGUACGGGCUAAACCAGUACGGAGGGGGCGGCACCGGCAGCGGGGGCCCCUUGCACCAACACGGGGCGGCUGCUACUGCCGCGGCGGCGGUAAAUGGCAAUGCCGCGCUGACGGCGGCUGUAGCAGCCGCGGCCGCGGCGGCUGCAGCCAACAUGGCGUCGCUGCCGUACCCGCCCCGGCAUGCGCUGUUGGUGGUUCUGGGGCGCAACGACAGGCACGUGGCGGCUGUGACGGCGGCGGCGGCAGCAGCCGGGUACAGCAGGGUGGCGACCUGGAUUGGCGGGCCGGAGGCGUUUGCCGCCACCUCACUAGGCGGGCCACGCCUGCCGUCCAUCAGCAAGCACGCGCUGUGGCUGGUGCUGCAGCUGGGGCCCGACCCGCUCUUCCACGUGCCCGCCACCGUCAUCGACGUACGGCGCCCCGAUGAGCGGCUGUCGUACGGCGCGAUCCGAGGCACCAUCAACAUCCCAGCUGACGAGCUGGCUGCGGCGCUGGUGCUGCCGCCGGCCGACUUCCGGCAGCGCUACGGCGUGCCCCGGCCCAGCGGGCCGGCGGAGGACGUGGUGGUGCUGCUGAGCCGCUCCGGCCGGAGGGCGGCCUGGGCGGCGCAGCUGUGUGUGGACGCCGGGCUACGCAGGGUGUUCGUGUACGGCGAGGGCGUGUACGGCUGGCGGCUGGAGGACCGCGUGAAGCCGUACCGGGCGUACGACCUGGGCGCACUGCCGCCGGACCCGGAGCCGUUCACAGUGGAGGAGGCGGACGAGGCGGCAGGCCUGGAGGAGCUUCAUGCGCUGGACAUGCCACUCCGCCAAGGGCCGCGGCCGUCUCGGUUCGCGGUGGCCUCGCCCGCAGCCCUGGGCGGCCCGGGAGCAGCUGGCGGCGGCGCACGCGGCGGCCUGGGUGUGGCCAUGGGCAUGGGGCUGGGCAUUGGCCAUGUGGGUGGCAUGCUGCCUCCGCUGCCGGCUGGCAUGGCUUACACAGGUGGAGGGCUGGGUGGUAUGGGCAUGGGCAUGCCUGGGGGGCCAGGCAGGGGCGGGGGCGCUGCGCCGGGCGGCCCCGGCGCGGGCCACCACUCGCGCGGCGGCAGUGGGGCGGCUCGGGAGUGGGGCUGGCGCGGCAGGUCGAUGCGGUAAUGGGAUAUGUCUUGUGGGAGUGCCGGUGGCGGCAGUGAUGUCUGCAAGAUUACAGCCAGUAUGUGUAGGGAGCAGAGACAGGCAGCAUCAAGCUGAGGGUUAGUAGACUGCGCAAGCUAGCAGUGCGCAGCUAGCGUGCGGCCGCGGACGACAUCACUUUGCACAGACCAGCACCGACUAUGGCCCCCCGUUUUUUGUUAUGGCUGGAUGCCGGUGCGGCAUAAUGCAUACUGCGUCAUGCAAAGCCUUUCCUGAUUUUGCUGGCUGUGGACGUCAUGCAACACAUUUUUUGGCUUAUUAACUUUACCUCUGUGCUAAGGUGCUGUAGCACACGCGCAGAUUUGGUUGUUGCAAGGAUGCCGUCUCGUGCCUUUCACAGUUCCACGGGUGCGUCGAAGAUGUGCACCCUGUGGUAUUGGUGCACCUUUUUUGGGGUUGUGCGGUGAUUCCAAGUUCAUUGAAUGCAGGCAGUUGGAAGGGUGCACCUCUUGGGCAGGCGUGCACGGUGCACCUGUGCGUCUCGGGGCCUGGUGUGUUUGGGCAGACUUAGCAUGGACGGCGUGGUGAUGAUAUGGAUCGUCGUCUGGUGCUCAAGCUCAUGGGCUUUGGCUGGCCGCCGACGCUGUCCCGGAAGCACCAGCAGCAGCAGGGGCCAGGGGGUCGGGUGAUGAUGUGGGCGCGGUGUAUGGAGGUGGCACCCUGUAUGUUCAUCUGGGCGCUUAAUUGCGUUAAGCCAUUCGAGCCCACUUCGGAGGCAAGUUCGAUUUGGUGGCGUGAGAUCCGCCUCACCCCGGUUACUGCACGUGCAGGAGUGGUGUGCAGCAGUAGUCGGCAGGGUGUCCCCAGGUAUUGUGGCGUUUGUCGCACGGUAUGCCGGUGCAGUGCUCAGGUGCGUAAAGCGGCGCGUCGCGGUGUUGGUCGCAACCGGAUGCUUGAAGCCGAAAUCGCUUCGUCGGCACGUGUAAGUCAUUGUUUGU